AUGGCCACCGGAAAACACCGUACCACCAAGCGAUCUUCUGGUGGUUCCUAUGCAUCCACCGUCACCACCAUCGUCUUUGUGUGCAUCUUUCUUUUAGGUGUCUGGAUGCUCAAUUCUAACUCAUAUGCUUCCUCAAACAAGCCCACCAACAGAAUCUCUCAAAACUCUUCUGCCCGAUACAGUUUCCGCAAAGUCCCGAUUGCUUUUGAAGACAAUCCGGGCGAUCUUCCAGAAGACGCCAUCCAGCCGGAUGAUGGUUCCGGGACACGUUUUGACCACCCGGGCAGUGGGUCAAAUGAAACCAAACCUCAAGUUGACAAACAACCCCAUGUUGAAAAGGAAGUAGAAGAGAUUCAAAUACCAGAGGAAAGUAGAAUGACUGAAAAUCAAAAUACUGAGAGGAUCCCGAAGGUUGACAACACUACAGGGAUUGAAGAUCAUGCACGAAAAGGCGAGCAUCAAGAAAAGAAAAUUCAUAAACAAACACACGUGACAGGUGGCGAUAAAACGAAUGUGGUGAACAAUGAAGAACAAUAUACAUCAGACGAAGAACAAGAAAAGAGUGAAAACGAUAUGAAAAUGGACGUGACAGGUGGCAAUGAUAAAGGGGGUAUGGUGAGCGAUGAUGAACACGAUACAACAGAGGACGAGCAAGAGCAGUCACAAAAAGAGGAAACAAGCAAGGAUCCAACACAACAGAACGAAGAAAAGCCAGUAGAAAGUGAAACGCAUUCACAAAAAGAGACAAAACAGCCAGCAGAGGAAGUCAAGACUGAAAGUGAAACCAACACCACCGUCAUCGCCACCAUAGCAUCGACUGAAGAUUCUAAGGUAGCAGCAGGCGGUGGUACAAUGAUGGUUGACGGAAGUUCUUCCGGGAUUCCAAUGGAGUCGAAUGAAUCAAAGAAGGAAUGGAAAACUCAAGCAGGUGAGUCGGUCAACGAAAAGGAGAGACAACAAGACAGAAGUGACGUAGCUGAAACAACAGCUUAUCACAAAUGGGAAUUAUGCAAUGUUACAAGUGGGGCAGACUAUGUACCUUGUUUGGAUAACGAAAACGCAAUCAAGAAACUGGCUGGUAGGCAUCAUUUUGAGCAUAGGGAACGACAUUGCCCAGAGGUGGGUCCUACGUGUCUUGUCCCGAUACCCGAGGGUUACAAGUCACCUAUUCCAUGGCCUCAGAGCAGAGACAGGAUAUGGUUCCAUAACGUACCACACAAGUCACUGGCAAAUAUAAAAGGGCACCAAAAUUGGGUAAAAGUGACCGGAGAAUUCCUUACAUUCCCGGGAGGUGGAACUCAAUUUAUUCAUGGUGCUCUACACUAUAUUGACAUGCUACAACAGGCAGUGCCCGAUAUUGAAUGGGGAAAGCACACUAGGGUAGUUUUAGAUGUAGGAUGUGGUGUAGCAAGUUUUGGAGGGUACCUUUUUGACAAAAACACCCUUACAAUGUCGUUUGCACCUAAUGAUGAACAUGAAUCUCAAAUUCAAUUUGCACUUGAACGAGGAAUACCUGCAAUUACUGCUGUUAUGGGCACUCGUCGCCUUCCGUUUCCAAGCAAUGUUUAUGAUCUUAUACAUUGCGCUCGUUGUAGAGUACCCUGGCACAAAGAAGGUGGGAUUCUUCUUCUGGAGGUUAAUCGUUUGCUUCGGCCAGGAGGUUAUUUUGUUUGGUCAGCAACACCUGUUUACCGAAAAUACGGAGAGGAUUCCAUAAUAUGGAACGAAAUGUCUGCUUUAACGGUUGCAAUGUGUUGGGAACUUGUUACUGUCACAAAAGAUGAAGUCAACGGUGUUGCUGCUGCCAUCUACCGAAAACCAGAAUCAAAUGAAUGCUACAGUGGAAGAAAGAAACAAGAACCACCAAUGUGUAAACCUGAUGAUGACCCAAAUGCUGCAUGGUACAUACCUCUACAGGCGUGUAUGCACAACAACCCAAUCGGGGACAUAGAGAGAGGUUCAAGAUGGCCCGAAGAAUGGCCAGCUAGGGUCCAAACACCCCCAUAUUGGCUAACCAAAUCCCAAAUCGGAAUUUAUGGCAACCCAUUUCCAGAUGAUUUUAAAGCAGAUUAUGACCACUGGAAACAGGUUGUUAGCAAAUCAUAUAUGAGUGAUUUAGGAUUAAACUGGACAAAUGUACGAAAUGUAAUGGAUAUGAACGCUGGUUAUGGUGGGUUUGCUGCAGCACUGAAGGACUUAAAGCUAUGGGUGCUGAAUGUCGUUAGCACAAGCUCUCCUGAUACACUGCCAAUAAUAUUUGAGAGGGGUCUUUUUGGAAUUUACCAUGACUGGUGUGAAUCUUUUAGUACAUACCCUCGAACUUAUGAUCUCCUUCAUGCAGAUCAUCUUUUCUUCAUGCUGGCAAAAAGGUGCAAAAUCACACCUGUCGUUGUUGAAAUUGAUAGAAUCGUGAGGCCAGGUGGGAAAUUGAUUGUUCGAGAUGAUUCCAGCACGAUAAUGGAAGUUGAGCAAUUGUUAAAGUCGCUACAUUGGGAAGUUCACUUAACCUCUUCUAAGAACCAAGAAGGAAUACUAAGUGCCCAAAAGUCAACAUGGAGGCCCGACAUUUAUGCAACAGGUUCAUAAAUCAUAACCAUGAUCAUUCAGAUGCCAGAUACAUAAAUAGAUGAUUCUAGUUUUGAGAUCAUGAAAUGUGAAUUCAUGUGGUAAAACACAUGAUAAAGUGUUGGAAAGUAGACUAAUUGUAGAGAAGAUAAGAGUAAAGAAGUUGGUUUGUACAGAAUAAGGUCGACAACUAGAAACGCAAACAAACUUCAGUUUUCUCCAAAUUAUACUAUCACCAGUAAUUGAUUUACAUUUUACAUGCUCAGGUGGAAGAAAAGUUAAAACCACA